AUGAGCUCCAACAAGGCCUUGAUCUUCAAACAGAUCCCAAAGGGAUACCCUGUCCCUGGGGAAGAUCUGACCAUUCAACCAGCGUUAUACGACAAAAAUACCGCCCCAGUUGAGAACGGUAUUGUUGUACAAUCCUUAUAUGCUAGUUUCGACCCCUACAUGCGGGGUCGCAUGAGACCCGCGGACGCGACAUCGUAUAUCCCGGCAUUUGAGUUGGAUAAGCCCAUUGACAGCUUUGGUAUUGCCAAGGUUAUUCGCUCUAAUAACGCUUCUUACAAAGAGGGAGACAUCGUCAUCGGCCAAAUCCCGAUCCAAGAGGUUGUCUCACUAGAUGAGGGUUCCAUUGCCAAAGUCCGCCUCCUGCAAAAUCCCCUGGGGAUUGACUUGAGCGUUUUCCUGGGUGCCCUUGGUAUGCCUGGUCUCACAGCAUUUUCGUCCUUUUAUAAGAUUGGUAAACCCAAGCAGGGUGAAACAAUCUUUAUUUCCGCUGCCAGUGGCGCCGUUGGUCAGGUUGUUGGCCAGCUCGCGAAGCACGAAGGCUUGAAAGUCAUUGGUAGUGUGGGCUCGGAUGAGAAACUGGAUUUUAUUUUGAAUGAGCUUGGAUUCGAUGGUGGCUUCAACUAUAAGAAAGAGACGCCUGCGAGUGCCCUUGCUCGGCUUGCCCCCCAGGGGUUGGAUAUCUACUAUGAAAAUGUUGGAGGCGAACAUCUCGAGGCUGCCAUUGAUGCCUUGAAUCAGUUCGGCCGCAUCGUCGCUUGUGGAAUGAUUUCCGAGUACAAUAGUGCUCCGCAUCCGAUUAAGAACCUACACAAGGUUGUUACCAAGAGUCUUGAGAUGCGUGGAUUUAUUGUCGCAAACCCAGGCUUUGCCGAUGCCUACAUGGAGGAGCACCAGAAGAAGGUACAAAAGUGGAUUAGCGAAGGGACUUUCAAGGCUCUGACCCAUGAGACUGUUGGUAUCGAAAACGCAGCUGAGGGUUUGGUGGGCAUUUUCUAUGGCAGGAACAAAGGCAAAGCUGUCCUGAAGUUCUAA